AUGGACAACUCAGACACAUAUUUAUUGAACUUUAAAGGCUAUAAUUUUGAACCUUCUACUGUUGAGAUUGACUUUCUAGAAAAUCUAGAUGAUUUUGAAAUUAGAGAUGAUGAUGUCUUCAUAAUUACAUAUCCAAAAUCUGGCACCAUCUGGACUCAGCAGAUAUUAAGCUUGAUUUACUUUGAGGGAUAUCGUAACGGAACUGAAACUGUGGACACACUUGAUAGAAUACCCUUCUUUGAAAUGAAUAUACGCAAAGUGGACUUUCUCAAGAGACCAUCCCCUCGCAUCUUCGUUUCUCACCUCCCAUAUUAUUUAGUACCAAAAGCUCUCAAGAACAAAAAAGCUAAAAUUAUUUACAUCUACAGAAACCCCAAGGAUGUUUUGGUCUCAUUCUUUCAUUUUUCAAAUUUGGUGGUUAUCUUGAAACCUGCAGAUAGCAUUGAACAUUUCAUGGAAAGGUUUCUAAAUGGAAAAGUGGUAGGAAGCCUUUGGUUUGAUCACAUCAGAGGCUGGUAUGAACACAGACAUGACUUCAACAUUCUGUUCAUGAUGUUUGAGGAGAUGAAAAAGGAUCUCCGAAGUUCCGUGCUUAAAAUGAGCAGUUUUCUUGAGAAAGAACUGAAUGAAGAGGAUUUGGAAACUAUUGUGAAACGAGCUACAUUUCAGAACAUGAAGUCUGAUCCACUAGCGAAUUGUGAGGAGAUUCUAAAACAUGAAAUUGGGAAAAGAACAAAUGACUCAUUUUUUCUGCGCAAAGGUACAAUUGGAGAUUGGAAAAAUCACUUCACAGUGGAGCAAAAUGAAAGAUUUGACAGAAUAUUUCAAAGGAAGAUGAAAAAUAUUCCCUUGAAGUUCAUCUGGGAUAUAAAUGAAGAAUAG